AUGUUUGCCACACAAAACCCAAGUGCAAACGGUAGUAGAUUUGCCAAUGUUUCAGUGAAUUUCCCACAACAACAACCUCAGCAACUACAACAACAAAAUCCAUAUCAACCUUUAAAUCCAACUACAACCUCUCAGCAACAACCCCAGUCACUUCUAAGUGUAAGUGGUAGCUCUACAAACGGAUUACAGACCCAAAGAGAACCAGAAUGGUUCAACAAUCCAAAGAAAAGGGCUAUUCCACAAUCGAUAGUUAAGAGAACCACCAAGAGAUCCCCAUCUGCAGAUUCUUCACAAGCAGAUAACGACAGUGGUUCAUCUACAGUACGCUCUGGGUUUAACAGUAUUGCAUUUGGUACAAAGAGAAAUGCUGGUGGAUUUCAAUCUUCACAAAUUGCCAAACCUACAACUAACGUUGAAAAGAAUACUGGCAUUCUAAUAGAUUCUAAUGAGGCUCCACCAAGUAUAUCGCUUUACGAUUGGCAAAGGGAAGAUGAAUUCGGUACUACUUUACCACAAUUGAAUUCUAAUUCGCUUUUACCCAAUGACACUCAAGUUGCAUCUCAGUCUUCAUCAUCUAGCAUUAAAAAAGGUAUCAGCACUGGUACUGAAUUCAAUGCAUUUGAUAAAGGUUCGGUUGCGAAAACCAACACUCAAAUCAGACCUGAGAGUGGUGGUAAUGAUGUUGGUGAAAAUUUAGGACAAACUCAUAAUGAAAGUGCAGUUAUUGUAUUUGGAUAUCCAGAAUCGAUUUCAAAUUUGAUAAUUACUCAUUUCUCUAAAUUUGGCUACAUUCUAGAAGAUUUUGAAGUGCUAAGAAGUUCAUCUGGUAUAAAUACUGCAACUCUAAGACUUCACGGUUCAAAACCAGGUAGAAAAUAUCCAAUUUUUACUGGUGACGGUUGGGUAAAACUAACUUAUGAUUCGCCGCCUUCAGCUUUGCGUGCUUUAGAAGAGAACGGCCUUGUUUACGGGGGAUCUCUAAUUGGUUGCGUUCCUUACAACAAAAGAGCAGUGGAACAAUUGGCUUCUUGUAAGAUUGAAAAGGAAGAUGAUAUUGGCAAUUUGAACUUUUCCGUAGCUCCCUCAACUUUAGCUGACAAUGGUCCUGAUGUAUUUGAAAAUGGUGAAGAUGUAUCAAGUGUAACUAGCCCUCAACAAUUUGUCAAUGGUAAGCAAGAUAGAAAAGGUCUUUCACCAACGAAGAAUACUGCCAACAAUCUACUAGAUCAUUCUAAAGUCGCACACCCUACGCGAAGACUCGAUAUCAAAGAUGGAAAAUCUCUGUUUGUUCAUAACGGCGCCGCUGACAAUCAUUACUUUUUAAGAAGUCUUGAGCAAAAGAUGCGACAACAGGAGGAGAAUAACCGGAAACAAUCUAGUGUUUUGCAUAAGGUGAAUAAUUGGCUAUUUGGCUGGAACGAAUUGUAA